AAGCAAUGCAUUUAACUGCUCCCCCGCUCAAUAUUCCUGGAGGUGCUCUCUGUUGGGAUUGUAUGUGCACACGGGAGAAAGCAAGAAUGAAUGAAUUAUGGGAUAUGCAUGGGGACUGCUUUGUGGAUGGGUUAUUUGGCAAUGUCAGCAAACCCCAGGGGGUCCUUUACCGAAGCCCUGCUAGAAGUCUGUGUGGGACAGAACAAGAGGAGAUGGGGAAUACAUCCAACACUGCAGGGAGCUCCAGCCUGAGACCAGUAACCAAGCUACCUCCCAAAUACUCCAGUAUCAACUCUGUAGGCCGCUGACUGCAGUGGACAUCCCAGCCACAGAUGCCCCAGAGCCCAUGCCAGUAGAUGCAGGAAUCCAGGCCUGGGAUCUGCCCCCAGGUCCCAUUUUGGAAUGAGAGGAAGUGGAGGUCUUGAUUGGCUCCUCUUAUCCUCCUUGUGCUCCGGACACUUCCCAAGUCUCUGCCAGCUGUUUCUGGCCUUUGUGUUCUACCAGCCUCCCUGGGGGCUCCCAAAGCAGGAGGCAGGAGCAGGGCAGAUGAUGGUAGCUCACACCUGAUACUGGGUUGGGCAGGCCUGCAAACCCUGACAGCUGCCCUGGGAGCCCUGCUGCCCUCUGUCUUUCAUUUCAGGUCUGGAGGUGCUGGAGGAUCUGCUGACCUAUGAUGAUCUUUUCUUGGAGUAUUUCAAUGCCUUCUUGGCUCAGCCUGCUUUUCCUCUGAGGCUGCACUAUGACCGGCUCAGGGGGCAGCUGGAAGAGCUGGACGGCUUCCUCCAGGAGUGUCCUAGACAGCUGAGCUCUCCUCAGUAUGGAGCAAGUGAUGCCGAGAGGGAGAGGACUUUGGGCUGGCUUCGGAGGGAGCGCUUAGUCCCAUUCCUAGGGACCACUUUUUAUCUGGAGUACAAGCUGGCAAAGUUGCUGAUGCGUCCGCUGGAUGAGGGCUACCCGGUGAGCCAGCACGAAGUUCGUGGAUACAGCCGUCAGUCUGACAGUGCUGCCGUCUCGAGCAUUCCCAGUCACCCCUCAACAGCUGGGCUGACCAUGGGGGUCCCCAGCCAUGGGCUUCUGAGGCCUCUUAGGCUGACCCGCAGCACCCCAGCCCGUCUAGGCUGCCUCAUUGACAAUGCUGACUGGCAUCCCGAGGAGAUUUCCGUGCAGUUCUCAGCUGCCUUUGGUUUGGGGCAACUUCCCUGCACAGAGGGGCUGAGCAGGCUACAGGUCAGCAGCCUCCUGUCUGACUCCAGCGUGGAAGCAACCAAUGGUGAGACUGUUGGAGCUUGGAGAGGGACAGGAGGGGAUCGUCCUUUGCCAGAAGGAGCCAUGGAUGAUUGGACCAGUGAGCCAGAGGGACUGCCUGUUGGCCUGAGCACACCUGCAUCUGGCUCCUCACUUGGAGCAGAGCACGCCAAGUCCCACCUGGACAGGUGGGCUGGGGAGUCAUUCUCAGAUGCCAGGAAGGUGUUGCAAUUUGAUCUGGAUGAGGCAAGUGAUUCUGAGGGAGGAGAGGAGCCUGGGUUCCUUGGGAGUUUCAGCGGCUCUGCUCUGCAGUGUCUGAAGGAGGACAUCUUGGGGACGGUAAGAAUGCCAGCUCCUGCGCAUGGGCCAUGUGGAUGGAGAUGCUGUUGUCUCUGCCAGCUACCAUGUGGUGCCCCCUCCUGCUCUGGGCUGGCCUGUCUGUCAGGUGGAGGCUAA